AUGUAUUGCAUUAAUGAAAAGAGAGAAGAUCUAUCAGAGAUUUUAGCUAAUGUUAAAGAUAUUGAUGAAUAAAUAUUCAGUGUGAUAAUUCAAAUAUUUAGAAAAGAAAAUAUUUCAGAUAGUUUAGAAUAUCUAUAACAAGAAAAUAAUCAAAUACAUUUCAAAUAAUUCAUUUUUCAAUUAGAAAAUUUAUUAUCGGUUGAUAAAGAUAGGAGGUUAAAUGUAGUUAAGAAUAACAUUAAGAUAAUAAUUAAUAUUCUCAAAUAAAUAAGAGACCAUAAUUUUAAUUAAAAUGACUAUUCCACUGAAAUCUAUUUGCAAACGAGACAAAGUUUAAAGGAAAAAAUAAAAGAGGAUUAGAGGAUCAUCAAAUUUUUAUAAUUUUUAGUUCAGCGAAUUUUUCUCUUUAUCUUUCAAACCUACUUAAAAAUCAUUAUUAGGCACAUCAUCACCUGUCACUUAUAAACUAAACAGCAUAACCUUCUUUAGGUGAAUUUACAUAUGUUUUUCAUCGUAGUUGGUGUUAUUUUUUUAUGGUUUAACAAAAAUUAAAGAUUUCAAGAAGUAAUUUGUUUGCCUCAUUCCAAUUAGGGAAUUAUAAUAAGUGAUCUAUUUUAGUUAAAUCAUUUGCAAGCAAAUUUAACUAAGAAAUUCCUAAUUUUUCCAUAUACUCUUAAUUGA